AUGCACGAGGCCCUAGAGGCAGUGGUUCUGAAACCCAUCAUGAAGAGCAUAGGCGGUCUUCAGCGUUGUGUUCAUGAACUCAAGAAAGAGAAGGCUGAGAAUGAAGAGAAGGAGAAGCGUCUCAAGAAGAACCUGGAUGACCUUGGAGACCAACUGGCAUCCAUGGUUCAGAAUGUGCAUGACCUCCAGAACAAGUUGCAGCGCGCCAUGCCUCCACCGCCGAUGAACAACUAA